AUGAAUAAUUCGGAAUUUGAUGGAAAUAUAUCAGUUCAUGUGGUUGAUAAUUUGCUAAGCACACAGUAUAGAGAUGAAACUUUAGACAGUUCGCAUUUCUAUUUUCAAGAUGACGAUUUUUUCCUUGUCAAAGUUACACAAGCGAUACUUGAAGAUUUUCAAACUAAAUGCUUGGAAUUUGAAUGCGUCAAUGAGACCGAUUUAGUUGCUUUAUUACACGAGAUAUGUAGCGAUGGAAUAUCUGCAUUAUAUAAAGUGUCAAUAAGACCAGAUAAAACAACUGCUCUAUCAUCUGUUUUGCAACAGCUUAUGUACGAGAAACAAGCUUACUCUUUAAUUUUGAAGCUUGCUGAAAUGGAUGGCAUGUUAAAUGAAUUGAAAGACUUUCAAAACCAAACAGUUCUUGCUGACUUAUUGAUUCGCGACCCCGAAUUUAGGAAGCUAUUGGUGCUUUUGGAGUGGUGUGAAGAAAACGCCAAUGAUGAUCCUGAAGCCAUAGCUCAAUUGGCUAGUGAAUAUGUAUAUUUCGAAAAGCAUGGCAUGUUAAAGGCUGAUACACUUCAUGCGCGUAUUGUUGGCGAAAAAUUCUGUGAUUUGGAUCUGGAUGGUGCAUUUCAUGGACAUCAGCAUCAUAAAGAUGCAGAGUUUGAAAACAGAAUCUUUAGCGUAGUAUAUACACUUUUGCGAUGUGGACGCAUUGACGAGGCAUAUACAUUAUUGGAAAAAUCGGGCCUUCAUGCUUUAGCGCCUACCAUUUUAUUAAGAAAAUUUUUUCGAGACUUUAAACUCACUCCGGUUUCUUCGGAUGAAACCCUUCAUUACUUAUCUCGAUCUCGUUUUUUUUUUAAACGAACCGUCGAUAAAGUAGUUUCCAGAGAUGCAAGACUUUCCCAAGUAGAAAUUUGUUUGUGGUCUGUUUUGGCUGGGCGACUUGAACCGGCAUUAUCACUGUCAUCGCGAAGUGAAGACCGUCUGUGGUGUUACCUAAAUGUUGCUGUAGAAUCACGUUUAGAUGCUGCAAUUGCUGCUGCUGAUAUUACUGAUGGUGAUUGUGAUGCAAAAAGUGAUGAUCUACAAGUCAAUUCAGUUUUUGAUGAAAUUGCCGUGCAUGAGCAGUCUCUGUACUACACAGUUUAUCGUCACAUAGUAAACGAUGAUUCUUCUUCACUCCUUGCAUCUAUGGAUACGUGGUUGGAAAGUCACAUAAAUGAAUUGGAAAGAUUCCCCCAUAUAGUACGGUUCAUGGCUCAUAUCGUCUUACUUCUUCGGUUCACUAAUCAAGAAAUUCAGGAGGAGAUUGCUAAUUCAAUCAUAGAGGCUUAUGUGCGUUUACUGAUUACCCUAAAAAUGUAUCCAGUUGUUCCAUAUUAUGCUAGUAAACUGCCAGCAGAAAUUUCAGAAGAAAUAGUUAUUGAAUUCAUGUACAAAUUAGAAAGUGAUGUAGUGCGUAAGGAAGUUCUUGCUGCCGCAUGCGCCGCACAGAUGGAUAAAUCCUCUCUAUGCGUGCGGAUUUUUGACUAUGCAUUAUCUCGUUGUCCUGUUGGGGAAGACGAAUCUGAAAAUGAUGACAUACUAAUUAAUGCAUGGACUUGGCUCACGUACUCAGAAAAUGAAAUGCUUGUUGAAGCUCUUCAAGGAGUGGUUGAAAUUAUGCGGAAAUUUUUUUAUGUUGACAAAUUGGACAAGGCUGAUGAACUUUUUCAUCUGUCGAAAAAAAUAAUAGAUAAAACAUUAAUUUCUCUUUCAAGCUCUAUUGAAGAAAAUAAUUCAAUUGACUCAGAGCUUUCAGCUGCUGUGAUAGAAUAUAAAGCGUAUGCAUGUUAUUUGCUUGCGCUGACAAAAUUCAAUGAAUGGUUCAAACAUUCACAACGUUUUAUACAGCCCUUUCCAAGUAAUUUGCCAGUGGACGCGUCCGUAUCUAUGGAUAUGCAGCAACGAUUGACUUUAGAAGUAAUUCAUCAACGCGUCAGUGAACAAGUGCUGCGAUACGAAAAUGAAUUCAAACAGAUUACGGCUGCGGUUGUGAAUGCGCUCGGUUGCGUUUUACGUUUUCCCCAUGGCUGGCUAAAAUUUACAACAGCUCAUAGCGAGAUAUUUUCUGAGAAUGUAUUAGCGAAACUUUGUGACAUACGUUCUCGUUAUGUGACGGCAGUUGUUAUAAUGUUACUUACAGUAUUUGAAAGAAGCAACAUGAGUGGAUGUGCUCAGUUAAUUGAGUUACUUGCUGAUGAAGAAUACAUGAUAGGAGAAACCAUCCCUAAAAGACGAUUGAGACUGCUCUUAAAGCAACUUUCCGUACAAGCGUAUAAGAAUAUGUGA